UCUCCCCCCAAUUCUUCUGCCUGUGAUCUCUCUCUCAGUCCAAACGCUUCUUUCCCUCUUCCCACUCCCCAGUCCACCACCACCACUCCUCCAAAGAUAAUCAUCCCCCUCCCAUGGACCAGCUCUCCGCGGGGCCUCUCGUCCCCGCCGUCAAAUCCGACCUCCCCAAGCUCCCCGCCGCCUGCGAUACUCCCGCCGCCGAGCGUUUCAUGUCUGAGCCCGACAAGGAUUUCUUGUGCCCGAUUUGCAUGCAAAUCAUCAAGGACGCUUUCCUCACUUCUUGCGGCCACAGCUUCUGCUAUAUGUGCAUCAUUACUCACCUCCGCAACAAGAGUGAUUGCCCUUGCUGCGGUCACUACCUCACUAGCAACCAGUUGUUCCCUAAUUUCUUGCUUGAUAAGCUACUAAAGAAGACCUCCGCUUGUCAAAUAUCAAAAACAGCCUCCCCUGUGGAACAUUUUCGGUUGUCAUUGCAAAAGGGUUGUGAUGUGACAAUUAAGGAGGUAGACACCCUUUUGUUCCUCCUUGCUGAGAAGAAAAGAAAAAUGGAACAAGAAGAGGCUGAGAGAAACAUGCAGAUAUUGCUAGACUUUUUGCAUUGCUUAAGGAAGCAAAAAGUUGAAGAGCUGAAGGAGGUGCAAACUGAUCUCCAGUUCAUAAAAGAGGACAUAAGUGCUGUGGAUAAACAUAGAAUGGAUUUGUAUCGUGCAAGAGACAGGUACUCUGUGAAAUUGAGGAUGCUUGAUGAGUCUGGAUCAAGGAAGUCAUGGCAUUCAUCGGUGGAUAAAAACAGCAGUGGCCAUAUGUCUAGCCCUCUAAAUGUGCGAGGAGCAUUGUCUUCUGGGAGUCUUCCAAUGAAACUUGAUGGGAAGGGCCAAGUAAGCUCACAUGGAAUCCAGAGAAAAGAAGCUAUUAGCGGAUCAGAUUCCCAAUAUUUAAAUCAAUCCAGUAUUGCUUUAAUUAAAAAAAAGAGGGUGCAUGCACAGCUUCUUGUUAUUGGAUUUGUUUUUGUUUACUUAUUGGAACAGUUCAAUGAUCUACAAGAAUGUUACCUACAAAAACGACGUCAUUCAGCAGAGAAGCCUCAUAGCCAACAAGAAGAAGAUAAAUAUGUCAUAAACCGAGAGGGUUAUGCUCCUGGUCUUUCGGAGUUUCAAUCAGUCUUGACAACUUUCACACAAUACAGUCGACUGAGGGUCAUUGCGGAAGUUAGGCAUGAGGAUCUAUUUCAUUCAGCCAACAUAGUGUCAAGCAUUGAGUUUGACCGUGAUGAUGAGUUGUUUGCUACUGCUGGAGUUUCCCGACGCAUAAAAGUUUUUGACUUCUCUAAUGUUGUUAAUGAACCUUCAGGUGCACACUGUCCUGUUGUGGAGAUGCCUACACGCUCAAAACUUAGUUGCUUGAGUUGGAACAAAUAUGCAAAGAACCACAUAGCUAGUAGUGAUUAUGAAGGAAUUGUUACUGUUUGGGAUGUAAAUACUCGACAGAGUUUAAUGGAAUAUGAAGAGCAUGAAAAGCGCGCAUGGAGUGUUGAUUUUUCAAGAACAGAUCCCUUUAUGCUUGUCUCUGGCAGUGAUGACUGUAAGGUUAAAGUUUGGCGUACGAAUCAGGAGACUAGUGCCAUCAACAUAGACAUGAAAGCAAACAUAUGUUGCGUCAAGUAUAAUCCAGGAUCUGGAAAUUACAUUGCAGUUGGUUCAGCAGAUCAUCACAUCCAUUAUUAUGAUCUGAGAAAUAUCAGCCGUCCACUCCAUGUCUUCAAUGGCCACAGAAAGGCCGUUUCAUAUGUGAAAUUUUUGUCUAAUAAUGAACUUGCAUCUGCAUCAACGGAUAGUACACUGCGAUUAUGGGAUGUAAAGGAGAAUAUACCGGUUCGUACUUUCAGAGGCCACACAAACGAGAAAAACUUUGUUGGUCUCACAGUCAACAGCGACUACAUAGCUUGUGGCAGCGAAACGAAUGAAGUGUUUGUAUACCACAAGGAAAUUUCCAAGCCUGUGACUUGGCAUAGAUUCGGUUCACUUGAUAUUGAUGAUGCCGAAGAUGAGGCAGGGUCUUACUUCAUCAGCGCCGUAUGCUGGAAGAGCGAUAGUCCCACCAUACUAACUGCAAAUAGUCAGGGGACCAUUAAAGUUCUGGUUCUUGCAGCUUGAACAUGCAACAAGAAAAUAUCCAAGAAAAAGCCCACUUGAUUGCAUUCACUUGAGUGCCGCAUGCAGAGGAAAUAAAAUACGAGACUGAAGAGUCACAUCCUAACAGAGCAGUUGCAUUGAGCUCUUUCUUAAUAAUAGUCAAAGGAUUAGAUUGAACAUUUUUUGUUAUUUGUUUGAAUUAAUACAGACUAUCUUUUUUGGCAAAUAUAUAUAUAUAUACACACAGGCUAUCUCUUAUUAGUGAAAUAUCAAAAAAGAAGGUUGGCAAAACUUUUGAAGUUUUACGUUAGAGAGAGCUUGUGUGAAUUGUAAAUGACCCAGAUAAUUUUAACAAAUUUCUUAGAAAGUUGUUGUAAUUUACUCAUUUAAAAAUAAAAUUAAUUCGAUAGACUAUA